GAGUAAUAUGAUUUCCAACAUGGCAAGGAAAUAGAAAAAUAAAAGAUAAAUCUUUAGUUAUAGAUAAAUAGAGUAUCUGUACCAAUAAUUGGUGGUCUAGUAGCAUAAGCCUACCAGACCAAAAGAAUGCCUUGCUGGUAUUUUGAGAAAAAAGAUAUAAAGAAUUCACCCUCAUUUCGUGAUGGAGUGGAUACAUUAACAGAAGCUAGAUACAGAAGAGAAGGUGCAAGAUUUAUCAUUGAUGCUGGGACCAAAUUAGGACUUCGAUAUGAUUCCUGUGCCACAGGUGUGGUCUAUUUCCACAGAUUUUAUAUGUUUCAUUCCUUUAAAGAAUUUCACAGAUAUGUAACUGCAGCUUGCUGUUUAUUUCUGGCUGGUAAAGUGGAAGAAACACCUAAGAAAUGUCGAGAUAUAAUCAAAAUAUGUCAAUCAUUAUUAAGCCCCUCUCUGUUUGCCGUCUUUGGUGAAGAUCCAAGGGAAGAAGUAAUGACAAUGGAGAGAAUUUUAUUACAAACUAUCAAAUUUGAUCUUCAAAUUGAACAUCCAUAUUCUAAAGUUUUAAAAUAUGCCAAGUUUGUACAAGGAGACAAAGAAAAGAUUCAGAAGAUGGUUCAAAUGGCUUGGACAUUUAUAAAUGAUAGCAUGUGUACAACCUUAUCAUUACAAUGGGAACCAGAUAUCAUUGCCACAUCCCUGUUAUAUCUGGCGUCACGAUUGACAAAGUUUGAAAUCACAGACUGGCAGGGCAAAAUUCCUGGCACCAAAAUAAAAUGGUGGGAUGCAAUCGUUGAAGAUAUUUCCAUGGAAUUAAUGGAGGAUAUUUGUCAUCAGGUCUUAGAUUUGUAUUCACCAGAAAAUCGCAAGAAAGAUGAAUCUCCAUCUUUAAGUCCUCAGACGCCUAGCAACAAACCACCUGGAGGUCAACCGAAUGCUGGAGGAACACCUAGUAAAAAUAGACGAGCUGUAAGACAAUUGAACAAUUUCAGUGAAUUUACAUUACAUUUGUAUAAAACAACAGAAUUUCUAAAGGGCACAAAUACUAAGGCUCCUCAUGGGCUACCAACAUUUUCAUCCAUUCUGUUACAAAUUGAUUUUGAAUUCCAAAUCUAG